AACAACAUCAUCAUUCAACCACAAUGGCACCACCCCCCUCCCCAGCCUCCAAGCUCCGCGCCAUGCUCGCCAACGAAAAAGAAAUCAUAGUCUGUCCCGGCGUCUACGACGGUUUCACAGCCCGUCUUGCUCUCAACGCCGGCUUCGAAGUUCUCUACAUGACAGGAGCAGGCACAACGAUGAGCAAGCUCGGACACGCGGAUCUCGGUAUCGCGACGCAGACUGAUAUGGUAUCCCACGCUUCCAUGCUCGCGUCUCUUUCUCCUUCUACGCCGUUGAUAGCGGAUGCUGAUACGGGGUACGGGGGUCCCUUGAAGGACCAAGUUGUCAAUAAACGAUGCGGACAUCUGAAGAAUAAGGAAUUGGUUGAUUUAGAUACGUGGAUAAGUAGGAUUCGCGCUGCGGUGAUGGCAAGGGAGGAGAGCGGUGGCGAUAUUGUGAUUAUUGCGCGGACGGACGCCUUAGCUGGUCAAGGCUACGAAGAAGCGUCCAAGAGGUUGCGAGCCGCGGUUGAAGUUGGCGCAGAUGUAGCUUUCCUUGAAGGAGUGCGGAGCGUCGAAGAAGCGAGGCGGUUUUGUGGGGAGAUGAGCGGGGUGCCGUGUUUGUAUAAUUGUGUGCCGGGGGGUGUAAGUCCGGUUUUGAGCGUGAAGGAGGGGAGGGAUUGUGGGUUUAGGGUGGUGAUUACGCCGACGUUGGCGUUGGGGGCGGUGUUUGAGAGUGUGAGUGAGGCAUAUAGGAAGUUAUUGGAGGAGGGGGAUACGGAGAGGGAUGGGGUGCCGGUUAGGCGGCUUUUUGAGAGUUGUGGGUUGGAGGAGAGUGUGGAGUUUGAUGUUAGGGCUGGGGGGAAGUUGUAUGAGAAUGGAGUGUGA